AUGCCUUCCCACGAUGAACAUGUCGCCCAAGUAUCCAGCGCAGUAAGAGCUUUCUUUGAAAAUGGCCAGCCGCUCCACAUCUUCCAUGGAUCCACAAACAGCACUCGUCCCGUCGACCACAGCCGUAUUGUUGACAUCAGCUGCUUGUCCAACGUGCUAAAGGUCAACCCUUCAUCGACAACGGCGCUCGUGGAGCCUAACGUCCCUAUGGACAAGCUUGUGCAGGCUACCUUAUCUCAUGGAUUGGUACCUCGAGUUGUCAUGGAAUUCCCAGGUAUCACGGUAGGAGGAGGAUUUGCUGGGUCCGCAGGAGAGAGUAGCUCUUUCAGAUACGGUUACUUUGAUCAGACCGUCAGAUCCAUUGAGGUGGUCCUUGCAGAGGGCCAGACAAUCACCGCCUCUUCAACUGAGAAUGCCGACUUUUUCAAAGGCGCGACUGGGUCUUUGGGGACGCUAGGUGUUAUUACCAAGCUCGAACUGCGGCUGAUUCCUGCCAGUUACUUCGUCAAGUUGGUCUAUCAUCCAUAUUCCACCAUUCAUGAGACUAUCAAAGCGUCAAAGCAAGAGACAGAGAACCCUGACAAUGACUACGUGGACGGCAUCAUCUUCUCCAGAGUUCACGGUGUCGUGAUGACCGGCCAACUGAUAAAUUAG